UCAUGCUGCUGCCAAGUCCAGAGUCUGUCAUGGGUCCCUGUACGGCCUCCCAUUGCUGCUGUCUCCAUCGCCACACUCUGCCAUGUGCCACUUUCAGGUCUCCUCACACUGCUGGUGUGUUCCAUUUUUUGUCAUAGGGUGCUGGCAGAUUACGGGCCUCCCAUAGCUGCUGCCAGGCCCCUAAUCUGCCAUGGGCCCCUAUACCGCCUCCUCAUGCUGCUGCCAAGUCCAGAGUCUCUCAUGGGUCCCUGUACGGCCUCCCAUUGCUGCUGUCUCCAUCGCCACACUCUGCCAUGUGCCACUUUCAGGUCUCCUCACACUGCUGGUGUGUUCCAUUUUUUG